AUGUAUCAAAAAUGGUCGUCCGUUGUUUUUAUGUGUGCAUUUCUCAACUUCGGAUAUACACAAAGGGUUGGUGAUCUAUGUACAGUGAAGCACACUAAUGUCUUAGGUGUAUGCACUCCUGGGAACCGGUGUGUGUCGGCUAGGGAAGAUCUUAAAAACAAUGGUAUAAACCCAACGGUAUGUUCGAACACCUUUGACGGCAUCGUUGUCUGCUGUCGUGAUGGGUCCUCCAUUUUGAAUACAUCAACACGAGCUAAGUUGCCAGACCGACGCCCAGUAUGGUCUAAUACACCAAACAAGAAUAAAAUGCGCCUUAGCGACCGGAAGUGCGAAGAAUAUUCUCGCGGCGUGAUUCAAACCGUGGACUUCAUACCUCUGGUCCCCGAUCCCGACCCCCUACACAUCUCUGCAGCUAAGUGUGACUACAAUAAGGUCGAUCUUAUUGUUGGAGGGGAAACCACGAGUCCUGGUGAAUUUCCUCAUAUGGCGGCUAUUGGAUGGGUGAAUGAUAAUACUAAUAGUUACGAAUUUCUCUGCGGUGGCAGUCUGAUCAGUUCCCGUUUUGUACUGACCGCAGCCCAUUGCACUAAGGUGGCGCGACGAAACCCGGACACGCCAUCUAUAGUCAGACUUGGAGACCAGAACAUAGAUCCAGUUGUUGAAGAUAACGCUUCACCAGUUGAUGUCAUAAUAAAAAGCAUUAUAUCUCAUCCCGACUACAAGUCUCCGAGCAAAUAUAACGACAUAGCACUAAUAGAACUUUACACUGAUGUAGACUUCGAAGCCCAUAUCAGACCAGCCUGUUUAUGGACGAAGCCAGAUUUCAACGGACACCAAAAGGCUAUAGCAACUGGAUGGGGUGUUAUCGAUCCUACUUCUAGAACACCCGAGACAGCGAAAGACCUACAGAAGGUGUCUCUAUCUCUCCUUCCGAACUCUUACUGCGAUGCUCUCCUGAAAGACUCGAAAAAUAGGCACUGGAGAGGCUUCGUUGAAUCGCAGAUGUGCGCGGGGGAGUUGCGAGGGGGGAAGGACACAUGUCAGGGUGAUUCGGGUUCCCCACUGCAAGUGGCUGCGAAGGAAAAUCAAUGCGUUUUCCACAUCGUUGGUAUAACAUCUUUUGGAAGAAAAUGCGCACAGACAGGAAAACCCGCGGUGUAUACUAGAGUUUCGAGCUAUCUUGAUUGGCUUGAAAGUGUUGUAUGGCCAGGAGAGUAA